ACCAUGAAGCUUCCGAUAGACGAUGCUAGCGGCCCCUGUUUUGGAAAAUCGAUCAGUAACCUGUUGAGUAGUUUGAGCCAUUUGUUUAUAGAUGACGAUACCAGGGCAAAUGAAAGCGUAACCUCUAAAACCAGACUGACGCGCGUUAUAGUGCGAAGCGGCUAAUUUAUAGCAGACUCCAUCCGCAGUGGAAAAAGGCUGAGACAAGCUGCUCUAGAGCCGCUGAUAUAUCGAGAAUGGAACUUGAACUAACGUGGAGUGACAUUUCUCUGGUGACGCUGGACGGAAGGGCACCUAACCUCGAUCGCAGUAUGGCGCAGUUCAACGACCGAUAAUCGUUCCCAUCGUCCAGCCUGCAAUAAGAGUAUCAGUUAAGGAGAAGCGUCGGAAAGCGUCGGGACGUCGGGCAAUCGUGGACCAUCGGUUUAGCUGUGCCCUCGAGAUGCGGUGAUGGCUUUGCUGUACAGAUUCGCGCAGCUGCCUGACAGCAGUGGCACGCGGGUCUUCUCGUUCGUCGUCACCAGGAGCGUGGUACGCGAUCCCGAAAGAGACGUCACCAGCAAAGAGCUCGUCUGCGGAUUCCAACGAUGGUCCGUCGCGUUUUCGCGUGGAAACAAGGUGUUAGGCGCAUACCUAGUAUGGCGGGGAGCCUCGAGGAACCUGCGGGUCUACGUGGACUUUACGUUCACGCUGUUGAACCGGGAACACUUCUCGAUGAACGAGGGUUUCUCGGGCAAACGCGUGAAAUUCACGUACGAAGCGCCUGCACAGGGGAACCGGAACUACAUCCCAGUGUCGGACCUGUACAGUCGCAACUUUGCCGACACGAACGGAGAGUUCCAGCUGGAACUAUCCAUGUCAAACGUGCGGACGGUGUACAUGACCGAGCUUAAGAUGGCCAGCAGCACCUUCCCGGCGGGACAAUCGAAGCCGAACAAAUUGGAGAGCGAUUACUUCGCCUUCGGGGGUUUCGAUUGGAAUCUGGUCAUUUAUCCGCACGGGAACAAGGAGCCGGAGGGUUACCGCGGUCACGACAGCGGCGUCAGCGUUUACCUGAUGAGGUUAACCGGGUUCGAUCAUCGUUGCCGUGUUAGAUACAGCGUUGCACUGGGCGAAGGAGAUCGCAGGAUCGAUUCCGGACAGAUCGAGGACCUGUCCGACGCGGAAGGAUGCGGCUUCGGCUGGCAUCCGAGGGUCAGGUGGUCGGAGAUCGCGCACAAAGGCGUGGUACGACUGUCUCUCGAGAUGGUCGAGGCUAGAACCAUCUGCGAGAUUGCGGUCCAGGCACGCGGACCCUCUGUCCUACCCGCCACACCGUGCUACGACCGGGAUAAACAGGCUUGGACCAUCCGCGCUGAUCUCCACUCGGACACUGUCAGGCUGCACUUGGUCUACAAGGACAUUCACAACGUCCCGAGGAACCAUUUGAGGUACGUUAGCUGGUCCGCGUACCUCCUACGAGACGAGGAUCCGAAAACAGCUGCGAUCAGCUUACCGGGUGGUCCGUUCAGCCGCUACUACGCUCAGGAGUCCGCGGACGAGGGCAUAAUCAUGGAGACGAAUCUGGACACGAACGAGGUGAAGGAAAAUCACUGUCCCUUUCUAACGGACAAGGGUCAGCUGAGGAUCCGGCUCGAGUGGAACGAGAGCCACUUGCUGUUCCAGGCUACCUACCACAAAUACGACGACGUAUGCCGGAUCCACAAUCAACAGAUGAGACGCGAAAUAGCCUCGCUUCAGGCAGAGAAUUACAGCCUCGAGAGGCAGCUGUUCAGUUACCAGAAGAGCCUGGCGUACGCUCAAGCGCAACAGCAACAGCAACAACAGCAGCAACAACAACAACAACAACAACAACAACAGAACCAACAGCAUCACAGUGGUGGUCAUCAGGCUCACCUGGAACGAUCCGCGUCCACAGACACCGAAUACGCCUGACAAGUGGAACAGAUGCAGGCUAUCGAGCAGCCGGCUACCGGUUGCAGGCGACAAUUACCGACCGUUCAGGAGAACGACCAUCGGGUCCAUCAGAACCUGGUCAGGAUGAUGGACCGACGGCUGAGCAACGUCCAACUGCAACAACACCUCUACGAACCGGACGCGACACCGUGCUCGCCGAGGCAGAGCGUCGAUCAGUCCCAGGAACAUCGUCGCAGUAUCGUCCAGCAACCGAAGUCGGCCCGUUCCAGCGUCGGCAGAUCGGACAGCGGCUCGGAUCGUGGGAACGAUCGUUACUCGGCCGCAUAUUAUUUGGGGUACGUCGGUCAGGAAGCGCACAAAAGACGUAGGACCACUUUCUGGGAGACCCUGACGGGUCUUGUCUGCUCAUUGGGCGCUUUGGCUUCCAGGGCUGCCAAGAUGGCCACCAGACGGGGCGAGCCUCUUUGAAGAAUACGCCUUCGUUAAAGGACCACCGGACGAUAAUUGGCUGCGAAAACGGGCACUGGGAACGCGAGAAUUGUGAUGUAAUGUGACACAGAUGUCGAGCAACACAGACACGAACGGUGAAGGAUACGCGGAUGUGACUUUGUGAUUUCAUUUUUCACUCGUCAUCUCGCUUAGAGAGCAAACAGAGAGGAAUGAUGUCGAGGUUUUUUUUUGAUGUUUCCGUGGCUAGCACGAUUCGUCCAUAAAUCCUGUCGGCAAAGAAGAGUUUUCCAUUAGAAAGGAGGACAAAAGCGUUCCUUUCCUCCUUGGCCCAGCACUGUGAUCGGACUUGCCGAUCAACUCGACAAUAUGGAAGAGGCGAAGAGGGACGGCGAAAACACCUACGACGAGGAAAAAAAAGAGAAAAUGAUGAAUCCUAUUGUACCAAGAUGGUUACGCUAGCGCAACAACGCCGAAUCGAUCACUUUCGUCCAUUUUUCGUCGAUAAAGUAGGACAGGAGAGAAAGAAAAGGGACACAUAUCUCGUACGUUUUUUGACUAGAAACGACCAGAUGAUUCGAACGGAAGAGAUUCGGCUGAAAAGAACCAAACACGUAGCCAGUUAGAAGCUGACGUUUAAUAAUUAUUCGUCAUAACGAUGAUCAAACUCAACACAAACACGUUAAAUUUGGAAAAUCAAUGGGAAUAUUAAGAAAGGGAUCUUCUCCCUGGAUUCCAUUCCUUCAUUGUCCAUGCAAACACAAUUCUAUCUACUUGUCAAUUUUACUAAGAGAACUACAGGAGCAGAACAAAAGCUAUUUUCACUCUAAAGACUUGUUUUUCACCUAUCGUCUGCGACUUCUUUGAUAAAAUAAAGGAAUCCGUGAGCGGUGUAGCCACCGUUGUCGUGUAACAGCGUAUAAUUAUGGUAGAGUUACUCGUGAUCGAGUACAGAGAAACAAUUUAACGAUAAUUGAUAAUAACUUUUAGAGUACAGUCGGUGUUACGUAAACGAAAUUAGGGGAACGAAGGGACUCGAUCGAAGAGGACGUUCGCGUUCGUACUAGAAAACGACCAUCGGCUUUCGUCGUGAUAAGUCGAACAAAAGACCAGGGUAAAAUAAAAAUACGAACGUUGAUCAUCGUACAGAGGGUUCGUUCGUAUCUCGAGGAAACUUUAGAUUUAUUUAUUUAUCACAAUAUACAAUUCUAAAUCAAUUUUAAAUCGAUACUCUUAAUUGACAAGAAUAAUUCAAGGGAUAAGAGAUCCUUAUUCCCUAUCGUUCUCAGUUUCCGACACAGAAUUCUAAACUUUUCCUGCUGUUUAAAAAUGCAGAUGUCCUUUCCAUGGAAACUUUUUCUUUCGACCCAGAGUUAAAGAUUUCCAUAACAAAAUCUUUGUUGUUUCAUAACUUGCAAAGUUCAGGCACCGUUGGUAUCUUUAUAAGUUAAAGUACUUUUACUGGAAAACAAGAGACACCUUGGUGCUUUAUUUUUCAACAAUUACAACUUCCUCGAAGCGUUAAAAGCAAUUAGAACUCUCAUCGUUAACCUUCGAUCCCCUCGACCUCGCGUUUCAAAGCUUCGUACUGUCUCCUUUCUCCGUUUCUGUAUAAUUGUACCUGCGAACGGCGUUGCAUAUUGAAACACGUGUUCACAUCUGUUACAAAUCGGUUGCGGACGCGAUCGAUACGGCAGCUCCUCGUCAUUUCACAUCGUAUACACGUAUAACGAAUCACCAGGAAUCGUGUACACUCGGGUGCAAUGUAGGCUUUUCUUGGUUAAAGGUAAAUCAAGGGAGAGGAGACUCGUUACAUGCUUUCGAUCUUGAGAGAAAAUUGGCAAUCAAUGUAUCAACCAAGAAAAGCCCAUUUUCAUGCAACCAUAACACACAGGUGCUGGACCUCGUUUGUACACACUCGACGCCUAAUUAAAAGCACCGAUAGGAUUUCCUUUUACAAAUUCUUAUCCUUACGUGUACAGUGGACAGUAAAAGUAUUCGGGCACCGUUUAAAACAGAAUGCCUCGUUUAAAAUUGGACCAAAUGACUUGAGAUUUUUUGAGAAUCUAUACAAAUUAAUUUACUAAUAUAUGUGUUUUUGUCGUUUUAAAAAAUUACAAUUUAUAUCAACGCGAACGGUCGAACGAUUAAAUACAAUUCCUCGAAAUAAUUAUCUCAAUCACCGUAGAAAAUCGUGUAUCGGUGCUUUUAAUUAGCGACACGCUAAAAGACACAUCUCGUGAAAGUUGUAUCCCUCCUCUGAAGUAGCGGAGUCUGUAUACUUUGUAUAUAAUUGUACUAAAACUGUUGACGAUUUAAAGGAAGAGAAUUACAAGAGUUGUGCCUAUAUAAUAUGCGCGAAGCUAAAGAAGGAUUUCAAAGAGGAUCGUACGAUCGAGAUUCCAUUCCGUCGAACGGUACCGUUCGUAAUUUCGUGUAAUUCGCGUUAUCGUUUCUGCUCUAAUUGUCGCCACAAUAUCAGCGUACAUUGCAAUUACCGAUACGCAGUGUCUACUACCUCUGUUGCAAUUUUUUUACCACGCCUGGUAAUUCCCGUUCUAAACGAGCUUCGUUAACGAGUUGAGGAAAAAAAGAAAAAAAAUUGUGUUUCGCAGGUUUAACGAUAUUCUAAUCGUUAGUCAUAUGUAGGUCAAGCUUAGCGCAACUGAUAAGGAGCGACACGUGGACAUAACUAGAUCCGCGACUGAUAAAAGGAACAAACAAGCGAUCGUAAUUAUCCUCCAGUGUCUGCUCGUCUACGAAUCACGAUGGCGCAUCGUGAAUUCAGUUCCUCCUCUUAUUUUACUUAUUUCUUGGCGACAAGGAACAGCAACAAAGUUUCUUCGUGUCCGUAUAAAAAAAAAAAGAAAAUGAAUGAAAUGAAAAAGGGAUUAAGCAAAGACGAUCAUGCGAUCCUCGAGGAUCUACGUGUACGUUUUUCUGUAACGUGAUAGAGAAAAUGAAAAAAAAAAAAAAAUAGGGGAAACGAUCUCUCGUGCAGCGCACGCGUUUUCCAAAAUGUAUCCUCGAUUCAAAAGUUUCUUAUCUUAUACAGUGGUAUAAUAUAUAAAAGGACCACCGACGGAAAAGCUUGUCAGAAUCUUCGCCUAACCGACCCCUCGGUGCUUGUCUCGGUCGACGGUGAACGGGCGGAAAUGAUGCGACAAUACGUUCACAAGAUCGUCGAGGCAAAGUUCGAGGAUCUUAACGGCGGCAAGAAUCGAUCGUAUCCUAAUAAUGUCAUUGUAUUGUUGUGUAAUUUGUCAGAUUUUAUCGAUCGUGUAAUUCGCGAACAAUGCGAACUUGUACGAGUGUCCCGUGAGUUCGCCGAUUUCACCCUUUCCCUGUUUCACAAGAGACUAGCGACGUACAGGCAUCUCUCGUGUAUCCCUACUUGCCGGUCUUACUCCCCUGUUCCAAGGUGUAUUCGAUCCAGAAUUUUCUAACGAAAACGCUUACGACAUGCGUGACAGCAGCUCUGACAAUCGCACGUAAACCCGAUCGAAGGGUGUAAUCCUUCGCGUCCGUCAGCGUUGACCAUUUUUCAGAUUCCGCUUUCGGGUCUAAUUGAUGUUCAAAUCCACCGAAUAAACGUCGCGAAACACUCGCGAGAAAAUUUGAAAAUCAUACUUGGAUGUUCUGAAAGAAUGUAAAAGAAGAAGAAAAAAAGAAAAACACUUUGACGUCCAUUGGAGUAGGUAGAAUAUCCAGUGCUCGAACGUUUCGGAUACAUGUACAACGUCCAAUAACCGGAUGGCUUGGAUACCUUGGAUAUCUCAGUCCGUGUUGAGAUAUUUCAGCUUGAAACGGUAUGCAAUUUUCAAACCCUGCAGUGACCUGAAAUAUCCGAUAGCAACGUUUCCCAUGCGCCUGAAAUAUUCGAUACGAAACGAAGAGUACUUCGUUUACCGGGCAUUCUUCGGAUUCUACGUGAAUUUUUCUUCCAUUCUGACCUGUUCGAUGACCCAGAAUAAUAUCUCGGAGCGUUCGAGCAUUGUAGAAAUGAAAGAAAUUCGUUUCUUAAUAUCCAGUGUCGGCGACGUUUAACAAGGCGGUGGGUUUUCAAAGUCCUCGUGCCCGUGAUUCGGUUCGGCACACUUCAGUCAAUUAAAUUCACUAUCACGAGGACCGAGCGCGGGCAUCGUCGUCGAGGAGCAAGCCGAACACGAAGCGGAAUACAUACGUAUAUGUAGAUUUACAUAUAUAGAUUUGGAAUUUAUCAAGCAGAGACCAGCGUGUCAGUCGGGUCAAACGAGUCCCUCAGCCUCGUCCUUGAUUCUCUCUCCUCUAUUUCUUUUUUUCCCCCAUAUCUCUUAUUAUCUGUAUUUCCACGAUCGUCAUUGAUUCGCGUAGCGAGUCCGGGCAAGCAUCGAUUGACCUCCGUAAACAUUGAUAAAUUAAUCCUGAUGAAAUAGACCUGAGAUCUUUCGUUUAUUAUCUAACGUAAUAAUUCCAGCUUGUAAAUUCAUCCAUAUAGUUUAUAGAAAGUUUGAAAAACGACGAUAAAACGGCGCGCUUUCGUUCGAUUAUGUAAAUAUCAGACAUUGGCCUCUCGCCAUUUCGGUGCCGGCAACGAUAUUGCUCCUGCUCCAACCUCGCAUAAUUAAUUUUUGUCCAUCGAUAUUCCAGGAGUGUAACUCUUUUCGAGCCGGGGUAGAACGUUAAUAUCGCGCUCGGCUGCAGGUUAUCGGUUUUUCCUUAAAAACGGGAUAUGAAAUAUGAAAAGAUAUAGCGUCGUAUAUUCGUCAUCGAGCCCGGCAGAAUUCCCCCAGAAAAUUCGUCUGAUAGAACGUGGAUAUAGCGAACGACUUUCAUCCCUUCUUUCUUGGAGCGAGUAAUUAUUGAGUUAUUUAGAUUUUCUUCUUUAGAUUUAGGAUCUUCUGGAAUCUAAUUUUAUCUCCUUCGUCGCCACCAUCGUACUGUAAUCCCUAUUCCUAAGAUCCUAUCUCAUUGGAUACUGGGGUACCACAAUAUUAUGAUACGACCCGACAUGGCAGUGGUGAAACUAACAUCGAGACAGAAUCUAUCAAUUCUGAAAGAAACGAACGUCGUGCACGCUGACGGACGGUGACGCCAUAAAACAAAUAUCGAUUCUCUUAGGUCAAUUUCGUGGUAAGGACCGUUCACGAAUCGCGAUCGUCUGCGAAACGAUUUACAAACUCGAUCGCACCUAUUUCCUUGCUCCUCCAUGCAGGAGCGAAGGUCACGUUUUUUCUUAUCGACGGAACUUCCCUCGUUCGCGAUGCACCCCCAUCGUCGCGUUCCUCGUGCCAUUUUAUCGUCAUCCUUUUGUUUGCUGACUGCACGCUUUAAGAACAAAGAAAGAUACAUAUAUUUUUUUUUUUUUUUUUUUUUUUCAGUCACCAACAGGUUUAACGGCAAACGAUAAGUUGAAAUAUAUGCAUAGGUACACGCGUAACGACGUUGGUAGAGCACGUGCAUUUAUAUUUUCUGACGAUAAUGUCAGGAACUUACGAUAUGUAUGUGUUAUAAUGAUUGUAUUUAGUUUCGAACGGUAAUUGAUGGCACGACGACAAGAGGGAAUCGACACGAUCUAGUCGAACGAGCGUUUCCUUUUUCAGCUUCUAAAUCCUCGUCCGACUCUUUUUCGAUUCAAUGUAUGUUCGUACUUUUUACGCACGAUGUAAACGCACCUAUUUACGCAGCAACCUUUUUUCAUUCCGUGUGAUCUAUUUAACAGAAAAGAAGAAAAAAGAAAACGUUAAAAAAAAAAAUAAUCAUAAUGAUGCAAACGCAAAACCGUCACAUGUUUCUCAGAAUUUUGAGACGUAUACUAAUGUACUUAAACCAUCUGUGAGUCUGCCUCGUCUUUUAUAAAGUUCUUGCUAUAUUCAA